CUGGAAUCGUGUCUCCAGUCGUUCGCAAAGUGGUGUUACGGAAAUUACGGUCAAAAUAAAUCCCCAAUCUCCAAGCUAUAAAUUCUUCGCUCCUGAUGCGCGAUAGCUAUUCGCCCGUUCUCCUCUCUUACCUUCCCUCUUCGCCCUUUUACGGGUAAUCGAAAGGAUUCUUCCUUUGUUGCCUUCUUGCUGAAAUCGAGGGCGAAGAGGGGUUCGAUUCGGCGGCAGGGCGACGCUGAAUUAGCUACUGUUCGUGCGCCUGCGUCCCUGGUAGAAUCUACCGUCGCGGCUGGGUUACAGGCAACAAGGAUGUCCACUCCGGCAAGGAAGAGGCUGAUGAGGGACUUUAAGCGUCUGCAGCAGGACCCUCCUGCAGGUAUCAGUGGUGCUCCCCAUGACAACAACAUCAUGCUUUGGAAUGCUGUAAUAUUUGGCCCAGAUGACACACCUUGGGACGGAGGGACGUUUAAGCUGACACUUCAAUUUACAGAGGACUAUCCAAAUAAGCCACCAACUGUACGCUUUGUUUCUCGAAUGUUUCAUCCUAAUAUUUAUGCGGAUGGAAGCAUAUGCUUGGAUAUUUUGCAGAACCAAUGGAGCCCAAUAUAUGAUGUAGCUGCUGUUCUUACUUCCAUCCAGUCUUUGCUCUGUGAUCCAAAUCCCAACUCGCCUGCAAACUCGGAGGCUGCACGCAUGUUCAGUGAGAACAAGCGUGAAUACAACAGAAAAGUGCGUGAGAUUGUCGAACAAAGCUGGACUGCGGAUUGAUGACCAGAUGGAACAUCGCGCUCGCUUUAUCCUGAAGCUGUUUGUUACUGUUGCUAGUGAAAUGAUUGCCUAUUUGCUGUAAAAACUGCAAUCCAACAUAAGCUCUGUAAUCCAAUUUCCUUGCUUGCUGUCGUGAACUACGCCUAUCUAGCUUGCUUGUUUGCUAUAAUAGACAUAUCGUCUUUGUUA